AUGUUCAAGCUAUUUAUCUGCCUGAUUGUGGUGGCCAGCGGUGUCAGUGGAGCCAGCAUUGGCAGCACGGAUGUGACCACCGAGAAGCGUGAAAUCGUGCCGCUGCUGCGCUUCGAGACCGAGAAGGAUCCCAACGGUUCCUUCAAGUUCACCUAUGAGGGCGGCGACAAGUCCUUCCGCGAGGAAAGCGGCGUCCUCGAGAAUGCCGGCACCGAAGACGAGGCCCUCGAGGUGACGGGCUCGUAUCGUUACAUCGAUGCCGAUGGCCAGCUGGUGGAGGUGCACUACACGGCCGGCAAGAAUGGCUUUGUGCCCACCGGCACCCACAUUCUGAGCGAGAUAACCGCCCUGGCCAAGGCGGCCGCCGAUCUGCCCCAAUACAGCGAGGAGCAGGAGCGCGAGCAGCGUCUCAGCCAGCGUCGUGCACGCUCCAAGACUGAGCAGACCGCGGAGCCAGUGGAGCAGACCAAGCCGGCUGAGCCCAAGGCAGCCGCAGCUGAGGUGGUGCCUGUGCAGGUGGUGCAGGUGGAGCAGAAACCCGUCGCCGCCGCGGUGGAAAAAACCGACAAAGUCGCGUCAAAGACCGCCUAA